AUGACACCCACCUGCAACAACGACACGCAGGAAAACACCACCACGCAGGCUUGCACACCCCUUUCCAAAAUGCCUAUCAGCCUGGCUCACGGCAUCAUCCGCUCCACUGUCCUGCUCAUCUUCCUAACCAUCUCCUUCUUCGGCAACAUAAUCCUGGUGCUUGUGUUGCAGCGCAAGCCGCAGCUGCUGCAGGUGACCAAUCGAUUCAUCUUUAACCUCCUCGUCACCGACCUGCUGCAGAUUGCUCUUGUGGCCCCCUGGGUGGUGGCCACCUCUGUGCCUCUCUUCUGGCCCCUCAACAGCCACUUCUGCACGGCCCUGGUUAGCCUCACUCACCUGUUUGCCUUUGCCAGUGUCAACACCAUAAUUGUGGUGUCCAUAGAUCGCUACCUGUCCAUCAUUCACCCUCUCUCCUACCCAAACAAGAUGACCAACCGCCGUGGUUACAUGCUCCUGUAUGGCACCUGGAUUGUGGCCAUCUUGCAGAGCACACCCCCACUCUAUGGCUGGGGCCAAGCUGGCUUCGAUGAGCGCAAUGCCCUCUGCUCCAUGAUCUGGGGGUCCAGCCCUAGCUACACGGUUCUCAGCGUCGUGUCCUUCAUUGUCAUCCCCCUGACCGUCAUGAUUGCCUGCUACUCUGUGGUGUUCGGAGCAGCCCGGCAGCAGCACGCCCUGCUGUACCACGGCAAGAGCCGCAGCCUGAGGGUGCGGGUGAAGGACCGUGUGAAGAACGAGAAUGAAGAGGAAGCAGAGAGGGUUGAGUUCCAUGAUGAGAGCGAGUUCAAUGGCCAGGAUGAAGGCGAGGUCAAGGCCAAGGAGAGCAGCUCAGAGGCGGAAGAGGAAACCAUGAAGAACGGCAAGAAGGGGAAGAGGGGAGGAGGCGUGCAGCUGAGUGAGUGUAUCGAAGAGGCCAGUGGCAGCCAGGUCGGUGUUAGCUCAAAGGCAGACAAGGGCCAGGCAGAGGUACAUCAGUGCAACAUCGAUGUGGGUGAAGAUGACAUAGAAUUUGGUGAGGAUGACAUCAAUUUCAGUGAGGGUGAUGUCGAAGCAGUGCGCAUCCCAGAAAGCCUCCCCUCAAGCCGUCGGAACAGCAACAGCCACCCUCCUCUGCCCAGGUGCUAUGAGUGCAAGGCUGCUAGAGUGAUCUUCCUCAUCAUUUUCUCCUAUGUGCUGUCCCUGGGGCCCUACUGCUUCCUAGCAGUCCUGGCCGUGUGGGUGGAUGUCCAAACCAAGGUGCCCCAGUGGGUGAUCACUAUAAUAAUCUGGCUUUUCUUCCUGCAGUGCUGUAUUCACCCCUAUAUCUAUGGGUACAUGCACAAGACCAUCAAGAAGGAAAUCCACAGUGUGCUGAAGAAGCUGUUCUGCAAGAAAAAGCUUUCAAGAGGUGAAGAUAGCCACCCACAUGUGCCCAGAAGUGAAGCUGGUUCAGAGAGAGGAACUGAAGGCAAGAUUGUUCCCUCUCACAAUUCCGCUACUUCAGCUUAA